GGGCGCUGCGGUCGCGCGUAUCCAAAAUGUGCUUGCUGUUUUUGUUACAAUUUUCAAUGAAAUUAACUAUUUUUGUGCCAUAUUGAAGAAAUAUGCCGCCAAAGAAGAGAGAGAAGACGGAGGAGGUACCAGAAAAAACUCAGUUGGAGCAACUGCAGGCCGAUCAUGAGCUGUUUUUACAGGCAUUCGAAAAGCCGACGCAGAUAUAUCGGUACCUCAGAACAAGAAGUCUCAUCUCUCCAAUUUUACUCCAGAGAACACUUUCCUACAUGAAACAUCACAUGUCAAGAAAUAAUGCAACAAGGGCAAGUUUUCAAGUAGACAGCCUGCUAGAGAGAGCAACGAACGAAAAACUCGCAAAGGCGGAAUGCAUCAAGUCAGGAUUCAUGAACUUGAUCUUCCUUGGGUUUUAUGACUCAAACACAAAAAUCGCCAACGGAGCAGCGACCAUCGAAGUCAUAGUCGUGAAAAUAUGCCACAAGAAACGCAAGGAGGUGUCAUCGCCGUCCAAGCACAUACAGAUCGGGUCGGUGGAGGUGCCAUACAACCCGGACGGUAGCCAUGCCGGCCCGACGAGCGCCGUCUCUGUGCCCAGCGACAGCUUCAACCUCAACAACGGCCACAGCGUCAAGUCAUACACGAUGCUGCUUCGCGCCACCGCGCAGCCCUCCGGCCGCGCCGCCGCCGCCGCCAGCCCGAUCAUGUGCAACGGAGACGCGAGCGAACUAGGCUUCGCUGUACGGCAUCAGCAACAAUACGGCAGCCAAGACGAGGCGCGCGAGCGAACGACUGCACUGCGCCCUGGUGGCUCGCUCAACUGGAUGGCAGCUGUACAGCCUACUGAGAGGCCAAGCCCAAGCUUUCUGGCCACAGCCGGCUUCACAUUCAGCCUACGUGCGCUCGGUUUCGUCGGCAGAGCGCCGCUGCGAAGGAGGCAACGCAUCGAGGUGGCGAUCAACCGGACUGCUAACGACGCCUGCGUCAACACAGGCAAGCGCCUCAGACGCUCGUCGCAAUCACAGACCCAGGCAACUGCUAAACCGGGCAGGAACGGCCCCGUGCGCCGCAGCGAGGUCACACAGCUGCUCGUUAUCAGGUACAUAGCCGACUGUCAGAUCUUCAGCGCGUGUCAGCUGUUCAUUGAGGAGGCGGGCCGCGAGGUGCUGCGUCGCCGCCUCUACCGCAACUUCGUCGUCCACCUCACGAACCUGUGCGACUUCGGCCUGCUGAAGAGCUACCAGAUACUCACCGUCCUGCGGCAGCUCGAUCGCUUGAAAGAUCCGCCGCCGACGCCGCCGACGCAAGAGCCGCGGGAGAUCUGUGUUGCCAAUGGCAACCGGACAGCGCAUUCCGUAGCGGACGGUGGUCAUCGCGAGCGCGCGGCGCGUCUGAGCAGUGCUGAUGAGCAGACUGGUGCCUUACAGGUGGUUCUGUACAGCUGCUGCCCCAUCGACAGUCCACUCUGCUGGUUCACGGAAGGCGUCAGGGGGAGAGCGAGCCGGACAAGCGCAAAAGCCGAGGCGGAGGCGACGCCGCCACCACCCCCGCCCGGCGUCGCCGUGACGACGGAGCCCGUCAAGCGUCUGCGUAUCUUCUACCACUUCCUGUACGGCAGCAACAUGCGGCAGCAGACGGAGGCGCGCGACGACCUGCACUGCCCCUGGUGCUCGCUCAACUGCAUGCAGCUGUACAGCCUACUGAAGCACCUCAAGCUCUGCCACAGCCGCUUCACAUUCACCUACGUGCCGCAUGCGAAGGGAGCACGCAUCGAGGUGGCGAUCAACGACUGCUACGACGGCUCGUACACGGGCAACCCUCAGACGCUCGUCGACACACAGCGGCUACUGGCGUACCGCAGGAACGGCCCCAGUGCGCCGCAGGAGGUCAACAGCUGCUCGUAUCAGUUGGCCUGGUUUUAUCAGGUGAGGUGCGGCCGAGGUCCACCUAGCUGGCUCGUCUAUCCAGUGCAGUGCAGCGACAGAUUAUAUUAUCACACUGACAGCAACCGUCCUGUGCGAGCUAACGAGGAGGAGGUGGACAGCGAUGAUGAGGUGGAUCCAGACUGGCUACGCACCAAAACUAUACACAUGAUUGAUGAGUUUAGCGACGUGAACGAGGGUGAGAAGGAACUCACGAAGCUGUGGAACCUCCACAUACUGAAGCACCAGUACAUAGCGAACUGUCGAUCUUCAGCGGUGUCAGCUCGCGUGAGCUUGUUCAUUGAGGAGGCGGGCGCGAGGUGCUGCGUCGCCGCCUCUUUACCGCAAACUUACGUCGUUCCACCUCAACGAACUGUGCGACUUCGGCUGCUGAAGAGCUACAGAUACUCACCGUCCUGCGGCAGCUCAGAUCGCUUGAAGAUUCCGCCGCCGACGCCACCGCCGACGACCAAGAGCCGCGGAGCCCGUGGGCCACGGGAGCCAGCUGACGAGCGGCGGCGACGCGGGGGAGGGUGA